GACACCCACUGAGACCCUCCUGGACACCCUGCUGAGCCUCAGAACCCACAGCCAUGAAGGUGACUCUGUGCCUCAGCCUCAUCCUCGCCCUGGCAGUGGCCACCUGCCUGUCCCGACCAGCAGCCCCAGGGGCCACGGGGGACCCCCAGCAGCACCAGCACCCCCCCAGCCUGGUCCGGAGGGACUGGCCCCAGUACCUGUCCCAGGAGCAGCAGCACCUCCUGUCCCAGUUCCUGCCCCACGUCCUCACAGAGCUGAACAAGCACAAGGCCUUUGUGCACGAGGACGAGGGGAUGGAGGCUCUGCACGACCACUACUACCCCGACUGGAUGGACUUUGGCCGCCGCAGUGCUGAGGACGAGGCUGGUGCUGUGUAGCUGCUGGGCUGGACUGGCCACACAGAGCACUGACACACUCAGUGCAUGUCCUUUCCCACAAUAAAACUCUGGCACUAUGA